AAGUGUUGAAAGCCAUCUCUAAAAUCCUAAGUCUCCAGAUUCUUUCGUCUCGGAUUCUCCGAUUUCCCAAUCAAAAACCCUAACCCUAACAAUGGUCUACGUUACUUCCUGGGACGAAUUCGUCGACCGAUCAGUCCAGUUGUUCCGCGCCGAUCCUGAUUCGACUCGGUAUGUGAUGAAGUACCGGCAUUGCGACGGGAAGCUGGUUCUCAAAGUCACCGAUAAUAAAGAGUGUCUGAAGUUUAAGACAGAUCAGGCCCAGGAUGCUAAGAAGAUGGAGAAGCUGAAUAACAUAUUCUUCACCUUGAUGGCCAGGGGUCCUGAAGUUGAUCCAUCGGAAGUUACUGGGAAAGAUCAGAUGGAUGCACAACCAACCAAGAAAGGAAGGGGAAGGAAACAAUAGGUUUGAUGGUAUUAGAUAACUAGGUCUUUUGGACUCAUUUUAAGAUUAACCCCGGAAUUACUUGAAGAUUUUUGUGUAGCUGUAAUUCAGAAAGUUGUUGGAAUUUUCCAGAUGGGUUGUCAGUUUGCAUUUUGUUUCAUUCCAUUUUAUAUAAUAGAAUUAUUGUC